CAACACAGUCGACAGUCGCGUAUCGACCGAGCAGAAGUAAGCGGAUAAGUUUGGUUGUGAAGAGCUUCCUAAUCAUAUUCUAGAUUACCUUUAAUUGAAUCUAGGUCUAGAAUUGUAACUUAUUCCAAGCUAAUUUAAACAGACCUUUUUUAUUUAUUGUGAUAAAUUGUUAAAAUCACAAUGAGUGGACCUUUAGCGGGCCGACUGGCGCUGGUAACAGGUGCUGGAUCUGGUAUCGGUAGAAUGGCCAGUAAACUGCUGUCCAGAGAUGGUGCCAUUGUUGUGGCCGUGGACCGCAAUAUUAAAGCCGCCCAGGAAACGGUCGAUGGGCUAACCGGCUCAAGCGAUAAUAUUGCAUUUGAGAUGGAUGUUUCCUCGAGUGAAAGCAUCGCCAAAGUGCUCAAUGCGACACUAGAAAAAUAUAAGGGUCCACCAAGGAUAGUUGUCAAUUCAGCUGGCAUAACGAGAGACAACUUUCUGGUGAAAAUGCCGGAAAGCGAUUUUGAUGCCGUUAUCAAUGUGAACCUCAAAGGCACCUGGCUCAUGUUACAACAUUUUGGAAAGGCGAUGAUCGAGAAGAAUCUGACCGGAUCGAUGAUCAAUGUUUCGUCAAUAGUAGCACGUAGCGGUAAUAUCGGCCAAUCAAACUAUUCACCGAGUAAAGCCGGCGUUGAAGCUAUGACCAAAGUCGUCGCCAGAGAGUUUGGUCGUUACGGUAUUCGUGUGAAUGCAGUAGUUCCUGGGUUCAUCGACACACCAAUGACAGAUACCGUGCCUCAAAAGGUCAAAGACAUGAUUACCAUGCAAUGUGCUUUACGCCGCUUUGGGAAACCCGAAGAAAUUGCUGAAGUUAUAGCAUUUUUGGCAUCGGAAAAAAGCAGCUACGUGAACGGCACUUCGGUUGAAGUUACUGGAGGAUAAGCAAAUCCGUGAUACACCAUUGAAACUGCAUUUAAAACAGCAACUGGAAAUCAUGUUGCAAAGAAAACCUAAUUACCUCAACAUAAAUGCCAUACCUAUGAUUUUCAAACGUCGAUGUCUCAAGGAAUUUCUUUUUGUCACUAAUAAAUUGUGUAACACAUUAAUAAAUGUCAAACAGUAAAAUAUUAAAAUCAAAGAAACUACAAAAAAAAAACAAUAAAUAUGUACCUUGUGAUAUAUUGGUUUUUGAGCACGUACUGUUUCAUAGA